AUGUCCAAGCCAUCCUCUUCCACCGCCACCGCUGGCGGGGGCAGUGGCGUAGGUCCCAGCCGACGCACAUGGGACAAGGACGACUUCGCACGCAAAGCCAUGUCCCGCGAGAAACGAGCUGCUGAGCUCGACUCUGUCAAUUCCGAGCGUCGCUCCCAAGGUCUCCCCCCGCUCAAACGGCUCAAAUCCAAUGCGCCCGAACCCGAACUUGCGAUGCAGCAGCGUCGCGCCCCCCUCGGGCUGCAGAGAAACGAGGGAAAGACAUUGAUGGUCGAUCUCACCAGCGGAGACGGAAAGGGUCAGACGGGUCCAGGGUUCUACUGCGAGGUGUGUCGCAAGCUGCUCAAGGAUAACCUGGCGUAUCUGGACCAUGUGAAUGGACGAGGGCAUCUGAUGCGCAUAGGCCAGUCAACUCAGCAGGACAGAGCGACGCUGGACGAGGUGCUCGAGACGCUCGAGGAGUUGAGGAGGAAGCAGGCCGAGGGAGCGGCUGGGAAGAAGAGCGCCGUGUAUGAUUUCGAUGAGCGCAUCAGGCGGAUAGCGGAACAGGAGGAGAAGGAGCGUGAAGAGAAGAGGGCAAAGAGGCGACAACAGAAGACAACGAAAAAGUCCGGCUCGAACCCUGCAGGGGCAGACACAGAGCAAGCAGCACCCGAGGGCGGCGAUGCCGAAGACGCCAUGAUGGCUGCCAUGGGCUUUGGCGGCUUCGGCUCGACCAAAAAGCGUUGA